CUAUCGAGCCGUACGCACGCGUACCGCUCUCUCCCAUUUUUUGCGUUGCUAAUUUUUCAUUAAUUCUCUAUAAUCAUGUCCGGUCGCGGUAAAGGAGGCAAAGUCAAGGGGAAGGCAAAGUCGCGUUCGAACCGUGCCGGUCUACAGUUUCCGGUCGGACGUAUACACAGACUGCUCAGGAAGGGUAACUACGCAGAGCGCGUCGGUGCCGGUGCACCCGUCUAUCUCGCGGCCGUCAUGGAAUACCUAGCCGCUGAAGUACUCGAGUUGGCCGGCAACGCCGCCCGCGACAACAAGAAGACCAGGAUCAUACCGAGACAUCUUCAGUUGGCGAUCCGUAACGACGAGGAGCUGAACAAGUUGCUCUCGGGCGUGACUAUCGCGCAAGGUGGCGUCCUACCUAACAUCCAAGCCGUACUUCUGCCCAAGAAGACCGAGAAGAAGGCUUAAACACUUGCGUGCGGUGACGUUGCGGAACGGUCGUUAUUGUAGUCAUCAAAUUUGUUAUUAUACAUUGCGAUGAUACAUGCGAACGAUCGAACGAACUCGUUCUUCAUCGUGAUAACGAAUAAAAAGGCCCUUUUCAGGGCCACAAAAUAUAUCUUAUAUGCAUUAAAAAUGUUAUGUUUCCUAAACGAUUAUGACGUCUCGACGUUGACGUUGACACAUAUUAUUAUUCGAUAUUUUAUACACACCAUUUAAACGCUCGUUGAACUCUUUAGUUGAACGUAGAGAAUCG